GCAACACGGAACAAUUUCACCAGCGCGCAGCUCACUUCCGUCCACCUCAUUCCUUCCGAAUGAGCAAACUUGACAGGGGAAAAAACCCAAGUCUGUGAAGUUGUACUUCUCCGACUUAAAGUUGAAUUUUUACGCUCCAGCAAGAUGAUUUUACUGACAAUGAUCGCUCGUGUGGGGGACGGACUGCCGCUCGCCGCCUCUAUGCAAGAGAAUGACCAGUCUGGAAGAGACCUCCAGCAGUACCAGAGUCAAGCCAAGCAGCUGUGCCGUAAACUGAAUGCUCAGAGUCCAGACCGCUGCACCGUGGAAGCAAAGGACAUGAGUUUUCAUUACUUAAUAGCAGAAGGUGUUUGUUACCUGUCCCUCUGUGAGCCCACUUUUCCCAAGAAAAUUGUGUUUGCAUACCUUGAGGACCUCCACAGCGAGUUCUCUGACCAGUAUGGACGGAAAGUUCCAACGGUGACAAGGCCGUACUCCUUCAUCGAGUUUGACACAUAUAUCCAGAAAACAAAAAAGUCAUACAUUGACAGCAGGGCCAGGAGGAACUUGGGCAGUAUCAACACAGAGCUACAGGAUGUGCAAAAAAUUAUGGUGGCCAAUAUUGAGGAAGUUCUGCAACGAGGAGAAGCACUUUCUGCCUUGGACACAAAAGCCAGCAACCUGUCCACCCUGUCAAAGAAGUACCGCAGUGACGCAAAAUAUCUCAACACCCGCUCCACCUAUGCCAAAGUAGCUGCAGUGGCGGUCUUCUUUGUCACACUCGUCAUCUACGUGCGCUUCUGGUGGCUCUGACGGGAUGCAUCAUAGAAGCAUUUCUCAUGGAAAGUGGAUCAUACAAACUGAGUACCACUGUGCCUUAACAGGUGAUAUGUGUGAAGGUAAAUGAUCCUACAAAGUGAUCAUGCUAUGGGCACUUGAGUACAGACUGAGCUGCAGGUUGAUGGGAUGAAGUGUUGCUCUGGAAGCAGACACUACUGUGUGGUGCGUUCAAGAAGUUAACUUGGUGUUGGCUUAUGCUUACAUGUUUUAGGGAGAUCAGUUUCACCACCUAAAUGAAAACAUCCAAGUUUAAGGUCUUACUGUGAUUUCAGAAGGUUUAUUGUUCAAGGGUAACAUAAUUGUGUUAUGGUAGGAUUAAAUAAUUAUCAAAAUGUCAGUGUUUCAUUAUAAACUAUACAAAACACUUGGCACAUUUGAUACUGUAUAUCCGCAUCCAUUAGUCAUCAAUAGUCAUCAAGUGUUCGUUCAUGUCUAGAGGGCUCUAAUGUUAAAACCCAUUUUUAGAAGGUCGUAAAAAGUGACAUAUUCGAUUUAUAAAUAAGGAAUCCUGCUUCACUUACAGUAUCAUGGUUGAGUCUGGACAAAGGUGUAGCCUCAACUCACAAUUUUGAUAACUUUGGACUCGACAAUAUCAUCAGAGACUUGCAACUCGACUUGGACUUUGACAUCAAUGACUCUGACUUAAGUCUGAUGACUUAAAAAUACUUUUUUUCAGCGUGCGCUGUAGGGCUGAGCGAUUUUAUCGAUCCUACAAUAUAUAUGUCUAGUAGUUAAAAAAAAUAUAUACAUAUAUAUAUAGGUAAGUAUCGAUCUUACCGCAGCUGCCGUCGUCAUUGCUAGCAAUAGCAAGUCACCGAGACGUCGAUGUCUUCCGGUUCACACGGUCAUGCAAGAGAGACUAUAGAGGUGCUGCUCAAUAAAUUACAAUAUCACCAAAACGUUUAUUUCAGUAAUUUUGGUCAAAAAACAAAAGUUAUAUACAUUCAUUACAUAUAGAUUGAUAUAUUUCAAAUGUUUUUUUUUUUAUUUUCCUGAUUGGAACUGAAAACUAAUGAAAAUCA